AUGGACACAAGCGACGGGUACAACACGAAUGUCGGCGAGAAAGGAAGCCAAAUGUCAGGUGGACAGAAACAACGUAUUGCUAUUGCUCGAGCGCUGGUACGAGACCCAGUGGUUUUGCUGCUCGAUGAGGCCACAUCCGCUCUUGAUUCGGAAAGUGAGCAUUUGGUACAAGAGGCGAUCUCGAAGAAUCUCAAAGGUCGCACGGUGGUUCUGAUCGCCCAUCGCCUUAGCACAGUUGAGAACGCGGACAAGAUCGUCGUAAUCAAUAAUGGUCGAGUUGAGCAGAUGGGAACACAUAAAGAGCUCAUCAAUCAAGAGGGCAUGUACAAAUUGCUCGUGCAGCGACAAAUGAUGGGAGGCGACAUGGACGAGGAAGAACCGGUAACUCCAGUGCCAGCCUCAGCUGUACCACCAAGAACUCGUCGCAUUUCCCGAGUCUCGCCUGGACAUAGCGUUUCGCAGUCCUUCCUUGGUACUUCAUUCACCAGCAACUAUUUAUAG